UCUGAGCAUGCGCACUGCAGCGGUUCGACUGGGUACGGGAGGACAUCACGGAAAACUCGCUGUACCCGAACCACACGCUGAGAUUCAUUCUUGAUUGCACUAUAGCACGCCUACCAUCAAUACCAUGCUUGAUACACCGUUAAAGUCGGGGACAACUUAACAGCCUGGCGAGGUUCAGUCGUCGCAGAACCGAGUAAAUAACCUUAUGGGAACAGUAUGCGGGAAAUGGUUGGAGGUUGCUGCGUGUGUUCCGAUGAGCGAGGCUGGGCUGAGAAUCCGCUUGUGUACUGUGACGGACAUGGGUGCAGCGUCGCUGUGCACCAAGCAUGCUAUGGCAUCGUUCAAGUGCCCACUGGGCCGUGGUUCUGCAGGAAGUGUGAGUCACAGGAAAGAGCAGCGCGAGUGAGAUGUGAGCUGUGCCCUCACAAAGAUGGAGCCCUCAAGAGGACAGACAGUGGAGGCUGGGCCCACGUGGUGUGUGCUCUGUACAUCCCUGAGGUGCAGUUCGCCAACGUCCUGACCAUGGAGCCCAUCAUCCUCCAGUACGUCCCCCACGAGAGAUACAUCAAGACAUGCUACAUUUGUGAGGACCAUGGGAGGGAGAGCAAGGCAGCCUGUGGAGCCUGCAUGACCUGCAACAGACAGGGCUGCAGACAGGCCUUCCACGUCACGUGUGCCCAGAUGGCAGGCUUGCUGUGUGAAGAGGAGGGCCCUGAGGCUGACAAUGUCAAGUACUGUGGCUACUGUAAGCACCAUUACAGCAAAAUGCAGAAGAAGAUGCGUUCCAGUGGAGAGAACACGAGCAGUUCCUUCAGCCACUCCAGGGGGCGCUCCACCUCCCCCUCCCAGGACAAGUACAGCUCCCAUCACCACCGGCCCAGAAAGAGCCACAAGGACAAGACCAGGCAGAAGGAGAGGCACAAGAAGUCGUCAGACAGUCUGGGUUCCUCCCUGACCAGCAGCGUCGACAAGUUGUCAUCUGGUCACCACGGCACCAAGGACGGCGAGGGGAAGUCCAAGAAGCUGAGCUCGCAUGGACUGGGUCACCGCAACAAGAAAACAGGAAGUACUGGCAAGAGCUGCUCCUCGUCUUCCUGUUCGUCCAGCCCCUUCAACACGGGCGGCGGCUCCCUUACCUCGGCUCAGGACUUCCUCCAGUACUCGUCCUCCUCCUCUCGGCUGGAGCGCGACCACGACCGAGGCAGUGACGGCCACGCAGCCGAAGACCGCAAGGAGCGUCUCAGGAGGACGGUGGCAGAGGCGGACGAGGAGGAGGAAGAGGAGGACGAAAAAGAGGUGGCGAAGGACGAGGAGGAAGAAGAGGAGGAGGUAGAGGAGAGCAAAUACCGAAAGCCUUCACUGCAGCCUCCGGCCCUGACGCUUGUAGAGGGGUCACAGGGUCACCAGAGGUCAGAGGGUGAGAACAGCUCUUUCGAGACCAAGGUCACCAUCUCCACCUUCGGCUCCAUCAUGCGCAUCACUUCCUCGUCGGGGCUGAGCAGUGGAGGUAAGAUCCGUAAAAUCUCUUCCGGGGAUUACAAGCCUUCCAAGUCGCUCUGCAAGCCCUCGCACCUGACCACACCCCCAAUCCUGGAGGAGGCAGACCUAGAGGAAGACAAAGCCACACCCCCCCCGCCGCCGCCGCUGCCGCCACCACCGCCACCACCCAGGGAGAGGCGUCACCGUGGUAACAAAAAGAGUCGCCACGGCCCCGGGCGGCCGCGAGGGAGCAAAAACCGGGAGAGGAGGGAGGAGGAACACCAUCACCACCAACAGCCAGCUCACGCUGCCCCACUUCCUCCGCCCCCUCUGGCCGCCCCCUCCUCACUCUACCCCAGCCCCCCCACCCUCCCCCAGGCCGCCUACCCCUCCACCCUGCCCCUCUCCGCCCCCACAGCCUCCUCCAGCAGCCUGUCCUCCAGCCGCAGUAACAUCCUGCUUGGCUCUGGCAUCUACAGCAGUCACAAGGACCCCCUCUCUCUGGGUGGGGGCAUGUCCCUCCCUCCGUUAACGCUGGGUGGAGGUGUAUGCAUCACUCCUCUCUCCUCAGGACUCCUCCCAUCCCACUCCUCCACCCUCCUUCCUCAAGUUAACUCCGCCCCCAACACGCAGGUCCACCCAGGCUUCAGCUCGUCCUACAGUCUGAGUUCCUCUCAGGGCUUUGGCAGCUGCAUGUCCACUGCCCCCACCCUGCCCCCACUACUGAGCCAAGCCCAGACCUCACUGCCAGAUUGUGACCUGGAUGACUGUCGCUAUCCGUGCCAGGGCAGCUCCCCCAGGGAGAGUCUCUCCUCACAGUCUCCUAUGAGCUGUCUCCCUCUGCUGUUUGACCAGAGGGAGGGCCUGGGCCACGGGGUCAGAGGUCGCCUGGAGAACGUCCCUCCGUCCAGCUCCCACAUCGAGCUGCUGCUGGAGAAGCACAGCAACGAGGAGAUGGGGGUCAACAUUGUGGAGAUGCUCCAGUCCCUGCACUCCCUCCAGCAGGAGAACCAGCGUCUCCAGGACCAGAUCCUCAGCCUGACGGCCAAGAAGGAGCGCCUGCAGCUGCUCAACGUGGAGCUGUCCGUCCCCUUCCCUCCCCAGGCCCAGGCCCACGUGUCUGCCUCGGCCCACGUCAGCUUCCUGUCCUCCGGCCACGACCACCUCGGCACCAACAAGAGCCCUCUGUCUAAAAGCUGCUACCUGAACGACACCUCCUUCAUGACUUCCUCUGAGGAGCUUCAUUCUGGGAGUCCAUCCCGCAGUAGCUCCUCCCUCUCCUUCCAGAGCACCCCGCCCCUUCAACCGAGCCCCGCCUCCUUCGGCCAGCCCCUACUGAACGGACUGGCCCGUGGGUUGAGUGACGGCUUGGGCUCCGUCAGUCAGGCCGGUGGCUCCACCCUCCCUACAGUGAGCGGGCUCAUGGCCUCACUGGCUGGAAGUCCUCAGCUGAACAUGAACGGUAUGCUGGGUAGCCUGAACGGAGUGAUCCAGUCCCCGGGGCUGAACGCCCUGCAGCCCACCCUGCCGGCGCUCCGGCCACAGCCCCCUCCUCUCAACCCCCAGGGGCUGCAGCUGCCUAAGAACAUGAGCCCGUCUUCCCUGCUGUCCGAGCAGCAAAAGCAGCUCCUCCUCCAGCAGCAGCAGCAGCAGCAGCUUCAGCAGUUCCUCACCUCGCAGCACUUCACCCCCGAGCAGCAGGUGGUGGUGUACCAGAUGCUGCAGCAGCAGAGACAGAGGGAGAUACAGCACCUCUCGCCUAUGGUCGCCCAGUCACCCGGCCUGCUGCCCUCGGCGACUGCCUCGCCCCGCCAGGGGGGCCAGGGGGGCCAGGGGAACCCUCUCUUUGGGCUGCAGGAGAGCGCACUUCACAAGCCAGGGUCUGCGGGAGAGAAGGGCGCAGAAAAGAUCUGAUGAUAUCACUCUCACCUCGAAUUGGAGCAGCUAUCGCUAUCAAAAAAGGAGGAUGAUUGAUCCGAAUCGGUUCAAAAUUAAACUGAGGUCACCUUAAAUCUAACAAGUCUCUUUCUCUCUCUCUCACCCCUUUCCUUCUCUCUUUCUCUCUAUCAAUCUAUCAGCUCUAUCACCCCUCUUUUAUGAAUGUAUAAUGGACCAGACUUUUGACAGUUAUGCUUUUCAUGAUUUUUUUCUUUAUAUUGGAGAGGUUUUGUCUCCUAUAGUUUUGUUGUGUGUAGGCAGCUUUAGAGAACAUGAAUACAGUGGUCUCUUAUAAAAUUGCACUAAUUUGUUAACCAGACCAAUGGGGUUUGCUCUUGAAGCCAUGGCCAUAGCCUUCUACAAUGAAGGCUGAUAUCUAUAGGGUUUCCUGGAUCCCAUCUUAGAUGGCACUUCAGUUCGACCAGAAUGUUCCUGGACCUUAAAGAAUCUGGACCUUCAGUCCUUAAAAGCACUUCUGCGAUCAAUUUUGUUAGAGCCAAAACCAACUUACGUGUUGUUCGUCCUUGGAGGGGGACGAAGGCCAUCCUCACUGUUCUGCCUGCCACCUCUCACGGACCCUCUCUGUCUUCCUCUAUGCUUGUCUUCCCAACCGUCUUAUAUUGGUCUCUGCUCCCCCCCCCCCCCCUGUAAACAAACAGCUAUGGUGGUCGGUGUGUACCGACCUGCGUCUCCCAAGAUGGGCCGUGCACGCCUUCUGCCAACUCCCUGAGAAUCCAUAGAGAAAUGUUUAUUGUGCCGCUGCCGAGAUUAACCAAACUAAACCAAACAUUUUGACGUUGUUUCAAGUUGUGCGGCGACAUAAACGAGAAAUGUGUUUUAUCUCCAAAACUGAUGUGCUUUGUUUGAUAGCAGCUAUCAAGCAAAGUCACCGUUUCUGUAGAACUUUCUACAGGAUAUUUGGUACUUCAUAGGCCACUGGGAACUGUCACUUUUGUGAUUUAUAUGAAUAUUUUGCACUCUGUCUGUUAGUAUUAGGGUUCUUUUUUUUUGUUUCUGUUGUACAUAAUGUUCUUUUAAUGCCUGGAAGCUAGUAGUUAUUUUAGCCAUACUGUUAGAAGUUGAUAUGCCUUAAUAAAUGAAGCUAGGUUUAAUGAGGAAAACAUUUGAAGGGCCUGGAGGGCUAGUUGUCUGUGAUCUUCUUUGUUUGAUUUGUCUUCAUCUAUGUUGCAAACCGAGGACAGUCCCAGUUCCUCUUCCCCAAACGUCCUUCGUAGAUCAUGACAAAUCAACAAUCUCUUCAUGUGAAUAACUGUACUGAUGACUGAAUCAUUUGUAUCGUAAAUCUGUCCUAAGAUGAACUGUAGUGCUCUGUUGUUCCUGAAGGAUUUGAGGACAGUGGGUUUUUUUUAGAAGGUGACAUGUAACCAGACGCACUCCAGCAUGAUGAUGAUGUCACAGUAACGGCCUAGGAAAUGGUGUGACUGCAGUGGCUUUUUACUGACCUAAAAACAGCCAUGACACAAAUUAAUAUUCAAAAUAGCACUGACAUGACAAGGUGCAAAGUUCUUCAAUUGUGGUAACAACCUUUUAAAAAACAGUUUAGACAAAAUCAUUAGGGUUUUUUUUGUCCAAAGGGAAGCGGUCUUCUACCCGACUCCUUGCCACUGUAACAUCUGCAUUGUGUCGGAUCUCCAUCAGAGGUGUCUUGUUACAUGUUACCGCAUGGUAAAAUACAUAGAUAAACUCUUGAUCUACCUUAUGAUAAGCUUAUUUUUUCGUGAUCUUCCAGUUUCCAGUGUGUCUUAUAAGCACUGAUCGUGAUCCUCCCAUCUAGCUCAUGUAUUAAUACUGGCCACUUAUUAAUGUCUUUAGACUCAGUCUUAGUCAAGAGGCGAGGAAUACUUUUCCUGCUGUUACACCUGAUGUUUUCUUGUGUUCGGCCAAAGAACAUUUGAACCGUUUUAUGUUUCUGUUUGCAAGCUCUUGAUAGUGAUCUCCCGUACAUGUGAGUUCUAUUGUUCUGUUUCUGUAGAUAGGUGUCAGUGAAGAACCUCAAGAAACUUUGUUAGUUGAUGAAAUACUGUAGCAGCGACUAUAGGAGAUUGUUUCAUAAAGUUGAGAACCCAUGAGCCUAUUCCAGUGUGUUGAACAGACUUCCCAAGGAGGUCUUCAGUUUACGAAGUACUGUACGUCCUUAUCAGUUGUUGUACAAUUAAGGUAAAAAUCUAAGUGAGAAAACGUCCAAGAGAUUGUUUGACUGAAAGAGUACUGCAAAGGAAUUUUGAAGGGGUGUCUUUCCCACAUUGCACUGGGGCUAUUUUUGGCCCAAUGAAAUGUACAUCUUUUUUUAAUACUUUUUUAUUUGUUUUGAGUACAAGUUGUAUACUUAAAUGUGUUUGUGUAAAGGCACAUUCAUUUUUAAGCUUUGAAGUUUGGGUAUCGAAGAUAUUCCAUGUUAUGUAUGUUGUUCUUUGUAUCUUAUGUAUUACAACAUAUUUAAGCACCUGUCUGAAUAAUGUUCGAGAAGAAACAAAUUGCUUCUUGAGACAUGAAAUGCAUUAAUUCUGUUGCUAAAUACCAAGAUAAGACUAUGCAUAGUUUUUAAAUGCAUUGUUCAACAACAAAAAAGGAAAUUAAAAAGAAUCAGCACUGCAUUUUUAAAAGGACAAGCGAUUUGUCACUGUACAGUGUAAUUGAGAGGAUUAAUCAAAAUUAAUUUGCCAAUAUUUAGAUGAAAUUCCCUGUAAAGUAUUUUGAUAUUUUUGUGUAAAAUAAAAAACAACAAUGACUGAA